GUAUCAUAGCUGCGCCGUAAGGCGCAUGCAAAAGAACAGUGCCAUUAAGUUUAAGCCUUCAAUUCGAUCGUGACGAUGUACGAGAAUAUUUGAAACCCAAAACGACCGAAAUGGCGACCCAUCGUAAGCCGCAAUCCACGCCGGCUUAUGCGCCUGAAGAUGAACCGGCACCGAGCACUAGCAAACGGAGCAAAAUUGAGCACGAUACGGUACGAUCUGCGCCUAAAACGCCCGACAAUGGUCCAACAGCGGGCACCAGCAGAAAGCGUAAGAACGAAGACGCCAUGGAUGUAUUGAAUGAAAUUAAAAGAUUGCAAAUUGAUGCUAAGCCUACAGUGCCGGGUACAAGAAGUGAACACGAAGACGACACAAAGAAGCAUGGACUGCAGUGCUUUGUCCCGGGCAUUCUGUACCAGCUCAAGCUGCAAGUGCUGUUCGUGCUGAAUUCGUGGAGUUGGGAGCUGAAAAGCUUCAACAUAGCGUCGGAAGGGCGAAUGGCGGGCAAAUUCGAUGACAUUGUGCUGGAGCAGGUCACGGUAGAUGGUGCGAUCAGCACCAUUUACAUUCAAGCCAAACAUACAACGAGCGAUGACGCCACCGUGAACAGCACUGCUCUUGUGACGGGCAAGUCGGACCAGUUCUUGAUUUCGAAAUAUUUCACCAGCUUUCUCGAAAUGCUGCAACCAGUGUUAGGCAUUCGGGAGGCACAGCUUGUCAUUUGCACCAACUCGAAGCUGGCGGACGAGGUCAAGAAGGUGAUGGAAGAGUACACCUUCCAAUGGGAACACAUUCAGCAAACGUUCCGUCAAAUAAAUGGACGCGCUUGGCGGUUCAACCAGAAGGAAAUGGUAAAACAUCCAAAGUUUAAGCUGCUGUUGGAGAAGCUUCGCACAGAAUGCUCGGAAGGGAGCCGGCUCGCUAAAGCGUUAGCUGAGCACAUUUUUGAACAAAAGCAAAUCAAUCUGAAGGAUCCAUUGUUCAAGAAGUAUCGCUCGGCGAUUGUUUCCAGCUUUCUGCAGCAGCAAAACGGAAAACAUUACCGUUGGCGGCAAGAUCUAUCCACCACGCUGAAAGACAACUUUCGUGCAGAGUUUGAAAAGUGGUAUAAAGCGCUGGUUGGGGCGAACACAGACGUGUGGGAAGAAAUUAAACAGAAGCAAAUGAAUUUCUCCGAAGGUUUCCUAAAACUCGAUAAAUCCGUGAGCGUUGAGCUUGCAGCCCUCCCAGAUGGGAUCGUAAGCGAUGAGCUGAUUAAUGAUUUCUUCAAUCGGCUCGUGCUAGUGACCGACACGAUGAACGAGGACCAGCUGACCGAGUUGUGCCAGAGGCAGCAGCAGAAGGCGCGCGGUACGGUAGCGAGCAGAUUCAUCAACUAUAAUGUGACCUGUGUCGCGUUGGAAAAGCUGAAACAUCUAAACACAGCAGAACUAGACCGGAGCACUAUACACAGCUGUCUCGAUUUGCUUAAUCUGAAGGGAGCCUGCGCAAAGCCACGCACGCAGCUCGAGCGACAGCUGAUGCAGUUGAACAAGGAAAAGCUGGCAGCAACUGAACUGUACGGUUCGCUCGAUUUUCUCCUAAACGGUGACGAGCGGUUCAAAUUGUACACUUCCGAUCACACCGAAAUGGAGGCGGAACGGAUAUUGGAUUUGUUUUUCGAUCAAAACGACCCAGAAAGUGAGUUCGUUAUCGUGGACAAGGCACAAUACCUCGCUGGCAGGAAAACAAUAAGCAACGUGUAUCGACAGUUAAACUGUUCCCUGGUACUGGUCAUCGUUUGCCCGAAGGGUGAAGAGCUUGAUCCGGUAUAUUGGGAGGCGCUAGAGCUACACGCCGAGGAACAGAAACAUCAGCGCAUGUUGAUUAUUUUAAACGACAACAUCGAAACACCAAGCGAACGUUUCCUUGUCAGCGACUUGGAGGAUGAGGGUCAAAAGGUGGUUCAGGAAAGGGUUCGCCUCUACGGGACGCACGUGUUGUUGGGGAGUUUGGUUGAGUCUCAGGACGAGUUGCGCUAUCUGGCCCGCCUGGUCCAGAUGUGCGACAAGGCGAAUCGCCAGCCGAGCUUAAACGAUGUCUGCUUCAAAGAUGUGGAGGGCUUGUACAUUAUGCGCAGGUUAAUGUCCCGCCAUUCACAAAACGAUGCCAGACUAUUGCAGUAUGGGUUAGAAACGUACCGAGAAUUUGAUUCGCCAGAGCUUCAAAUACACGAUGUUAUGAAGGCGCCAAACAAAACUGUAAUAGCUAUUCUUGAUGCACCAGGAUGUGGGAAGACCACAUAUCUAAAAUGGCUGGCCAAGGAUCUGGAAACCACAGAACCCGAUUCUUGGAUUGUACGGUUUUGUGCCAUCCAGUAUGCACAAGACUUUGCGCUCUUGAUGCGAACACAGGACACGCCAAGAGGUCCGCUGAAUGCCACACGGAUUCUAUUUCGUUUCAUCUAUUUGCUGUUAAAUACAGAAGAUAUCAACUUCAGCAAACGAGAAGAGAUCGAGCGCAUAAGGGAGAAAGCGUUAGUAUAUGCUGAUGCUAUAAUCGAAUCAGAUGGAACAUUGACGCUAGAUGCAGAGAAAGUCCGUUCCGUCUCACCAGAGGCGUUGGCUUUGCUGCGUCUUUUCAAAGCCAAGUAUUGUGCCAACAAACUUAUUGUGCUGUUCGAUGGAUUCGACGAAAUCGCGCCACAUUAUACCAAAACAGCACUGGCCCUAAUCCGCACGCUUCAGGGUCGUGAAGAAAUACAAAGACUCUGCGUCACAAGCCGUCCGUACGGGUUUCAAAGCCUGUUCGAAGGCAAUAUCGAUUCGCUAGAGCUUGUGAGGUUAAAAACACUGACCAAUGCAGACCGAACAGCCUAUUGCAGGAAAUACGUUGAUAUGCAUCCUUUGUUCAUGCGCUUUACAGAGGAGGAGCGGAUAAAAGCAGCAGACAAGAUAUCUGCUAUAGUGGAAAAAUCAUCCAACGAGUAUUUUAUGGUGCCUUUGUUUUUAAAACUAGGCGUAGAAUACAUCGUUGACAGAGUGCUGAGCAAGAACGGUAUUGAAGCUUUUCUUCAGCCUGGCCUGGAUUUAGAUGCGAGCUUGAUACUACCAUCCAACAAACUGUUGCUGAUGGAGUAUGCCAUCGACAGGACGUUUGCGAUCGACAGCACAGACAAGGAAGGCAAAACGGAAGCAGCCUCUUACAUUCCAAAAAACCGACAGGAGGCUGAGAGGAAAAUGGCAACAAUGAAAAAAAUAUAUUCUCUAUUGGCCAUGGACUCGUUGACCAAGGACGAUCUGUUGGAUGCAGAGGAGCAGCAGACACUCAACCGAUACACGGACGAAAUUUUGAGUGGCACAGAAAAGCCGGCACUAGUGGUGCGUUUGUAUACCGGCGUUGCGCAGUUUGUUCACAGAAUGUUUGCUGAAUAUUUUGUUGCCCUCUGGCUGUACAAUAAUUGGAACAGGAAUGAAUCGAUAAAGUUCACCGUUCGUAACUUAUUAUACAAUUGGGACAAGAAACAUCAGGAUUACAAUGUGCAGUGCUUUUUAAACGCAAUAGUAAGUCAAAGAUGUACUCACAGACAUGCUGCAUUAUUCUCCGCCUUGAUAAAUAAUCAGGGAGAUGAAGUUCUUCGACUGUAUGCAGAGGUUCCUACAGCAAUCCACAGUGCGGACGUCUUUGGCAGAACACCGCUUCAUUUGGCCGCUGUGAAUUUAGUAGAACACGAGAAUCCUUCAAUUCUGGAGUUUGUUCAGCGUGUUACAGACAGAGAGGGUGAAUCUGCAACAAGAGUAAAAGAUCAAUUUGAUUUUUGCUUUCAAACGGCCAUCGAAUAUAUCUGGGGAAGCAAACUAAUAAGCACAAGAGGUUUAGCUCAUGUGACGAAUCAGUAAUAAUCCCUUCGUUGGCGUUGGAUACUGCCAUAUGCUUGACACGUUAGCCAGUUUCGAGACUAGCUUGUCUGUUAAGUUGAGUAUUAAGCUGAACUAAGCUGAGUUAAGGAAGGCUGUAAAUAGAUCGGAUUGGUUGAUUUGGGUCAGAGUUAAAUCCAGUUCAAUGGUAUGAGGAUGCAAGACACAUGCCCCACCAAGAAGGUGUUCGAGAUGAACACAGCGAUAAGGCCUAGUUCGGCAUAAGGCGCAGGGGAGCACAGUGAACUCGAUGGCUGGAUCAGGUGAAGCGAGAUCGAUGUGUCGGAGAUCGGGUGUCUACAUGGAUGGGAAGUUGCUGCCAGGGACCGAGCAUCCUGGAGAAUGAUUGUAAACCGGGCCAUGUCACAUCUAUCGUGAAAAGAGAGCCAAGAGAGAGAGAGAGAGAGAGAGAGAGAGUGAGAGAGAGAGAGAGAGAGAGAGAGAGAGAGAGAGUUUCAUCAGCACACCCGAAGUGCUGAAAGUCACUCAAUGGAAACAUGAAAUGGUUAAUUAAGCAACUGUUUGACGUCUCCUUCCCACUCUGCGCCAUCCACAAUCCGUCCAGUGCAUGUUCUUUCCCCUCCAGUACAACGGUUCAUUCGAAUUCCAUCCGUUUCGUGGUCUGUUUUUCGUGUCUUCAUCCUUUAUUACCCGUCACAAUGCGGCUGCUACACAUGUCCGUAGCAGUAGUGUUGUUGUAACAGCGCCUUAACCUGCCUUAUCGCUACAAAUAAUGUUGUCCUAAUACGAGCUGAUCUCCGUAAUUGCUUGAGUGUUUGCUAUUCCCCUGAUACGGUACUUUCUUGUUGCCUCGCUGGGUGCUAGAACACCUCUUUGUCCGAAACGCUCGCGGAACCACCUUCACUGCGAGCUGCGCUGCUCAAGUAUGACCACACAUCCUGCUAGAUUCGUCAUCGUCUACCAGCGUGCACAUAUAUAAGUGUACAAAAUACAAACAAAAGCUUACCAAAAAGGGCUUGAAAAGAGUUACAACUUUCAGGACGAUCGACUAAAAGCAUUAAAUAAAUUAUAAACCUAAUCAUCUCACGCGAACCGA